CAACGGAGCUGAUUUGAUCAGAGUCACGCCAGUCACAAAAGUGCUACAGACACUGGCCAGAGGCAGGCGGCCACCGCUUGGCGUUCCGUUCUUUAUGAAAGACGGCUGUGAGCUGGCGGACUGCGGCAUGAUGUCUCCGUGCGGGCCCCGGGCGGGCUGCGCUCUCGCCCUGCUGCUGCUGCUCUCGGCGCUGGUCGGCGGGGAGCCCGCAGGCGCUGACCAGGACGCUGGCACCGUCAUCCCAGCCGAGAGUCGCCCCUGCGUUGAUUGCCAUGCCUUUGAGUUCAUGCAGAGGGCGCUGCAGGACCUAAAGAAGACAGCCUUCAACCUGGACUCCAGGACAGAAGCCCUGCUCCUGAGGGCAGAAAAAAGAGCCCUUUGUGACUGCUUGCCUACCAGCACCCUGAGCUGAGCCAGCAACAAGAAGAUCCCCAUUCUGAUGGUUUUUUACAACAACAGUCCUCCAGACACCCCCAAUAAACUAUAUCACAAGCUGUAUUAUGACGCUUGAAAAAAAUCAGAUUCAUACUGUAACAAAAAACAACAAGUUAAGGAUUUUGAAGUAAGAGAAAGGAUUUACCAUUUUUGUGUUAUACUUCAGUUAGUUGUUUGGAGCACUGCAAGCAGUUACUAGGACAGCAGGAGCAGUUGUAUAGUGUACAGCUCUGUUCUACAAAACAACGUUUUGUUUUUGUUAAAAGAAUUGGUGGAAUAUUGUUUUGGGGUGGUGAUUUUGUAAAGUCUAUUUGUAAGCAAAUUUAAAAGCUAGGUAGUAAAAAACAUAGUACAGUACCUUCCUUUCUCCCAGCGCAGCCCGGAGGAGGAAAUGGAGAUUGCUUGAAAGUGUUCACCAGUUGGGUUUCUUAGCACCAGAAUAUUUCCAUACUGAAAUAUUCAACUUUAAAAUAACAUAUUGCAAAAAUCUUUCACGAUGGUAAAGGGUUCUCAAUUUUUGUUAUGCAGAUUAUUGUUACACGAAUGUAACAUAUAAAAGACAUAUAAAAGAAAUCUUCAUCAUCGUAGAAAAACUCUUCUGUCUUGUGUAAUCCUGGGACUCGUGCUGUUUUGCUUUUUCAUUUCUACAUUGUGAUUUGACACCUGUGUUGACCUGAACCUUCAUUAUUGACCUACGGUUGGUUUUUCAUCAUUAGUUAACAGGGUCUGAUUUUCCUAAGCAUUAUGUUAUAUUUGGCAACAUAAAAUUAGUCAAGAUUUGGUUUGAUAGGUUAAAAAUUCAGCAGGAUAUGCUGGAUACUAAGAACAGGGAUAACAUUUAAUCUAAACUUACCAAUUGUGUUCAGACUGUCAGACCCUGCAAGAGGUAUGCAAGUUUUAGCUAGUUUGUAAAGUAGAAAAUGUAAAAUGUUGAAGAAAUGUCACAGUUUUUCCGUUAUUUUUUGUUAAUGCCUCUUUUUCUACACUUUGCAAAGUUUAAGGCACUAAAGUUUUCAUUACUGUAUCUGUUACUUCCCUUGUAUUAAAAUGCAAACGUGUCACUGUA